UCACACGUGUGACAAGUACUUCGCCACUGUACCCGCCUACCUAAUGGCAACGGCUCUUAAGUAGCCCUGUCUGGAAGUGUGUCAGAUCAUUCAACUUUAGCACUUUCACUGCAUCUGUAGCCCUGACGCUACGUAUAGCCGCUAAUCACUCAACAAUGCGAAACGACAAAUGGCAUGCACCAAGCGGACUAAAAUAAAUAAAAUUAGCCGUCUUGAUGUCGUGGCAAAUACAAUGGGAAUACUUUAAUUCAGUGCAAUUGCAAACGCCAAAGCGUUAGCAACGCGUCAAAUGCAAGAAAUAUUUCAAAAAAAUUGAAUGGAAUAAAAUUAAAAUUUUAUACAAAAUUAAAGUGGAUUUUCUCAAAUCACUUUUUGAGAUACGUUCGUAUACUUUUGCGCCGGACUUUGAAGAAAGUGCAGUAACACCAGCGCCACUAACACUACCAUCGUGCCCGUCCACUAUGAAGCGUUUUAAUUGUUUCAGUUUACGUUCAUUUGGCAUUGUUGUUGCCGGCUUUGAUAUAAUCGUAGCGUUGUGCACGCUAGCACUGUGCUCCUACUAUCUUUGGACCGACUAUGUGCAUGUGUCAUAUUGGCCACAGGACGAUGUAAAAAUAUUGAAUCCGCUAAGUAAUCUCAUUGCAAUUGUUGUUGAUUAUGUACUCGUACAUAACUUCUCCAAUGCUUUCUAUAUGGUUCUGGCAGUUACUAUUUGGGUAAAAUCUUUGAUAAAUUUAGUUGUUGCUUCCAUACUCAUAGAUGGUAUUAGAAAGCAACGUCUUGUUUGCAUUGCUCCCUGGCUCAUUAACACCACGAUUUCGAUUGGCAUUGAGAUAGCCGUAUUUGUAUUCAUCGAAAUUAAAAUGAAUGAAUUCGAAGAGGAAAUAGCAUUGGACCGGCGCAUAAUACACAGUGUGAUUUUUGGCGUAUUUAUGGUUUUCAAUGCGCUUUCUUUAUUCGGCAUCUUUGCUCUAUACAAAAUGCUCAAGGCAACGGUCAAUGAGAAUCGUACGUUACAGGAGAGUAUUGUGGAAGCAGCUGGACUUUAUCAGCAUGUUAAAGUUUAAAUUUAGCGUGAAUCCAUGGCGUAUUUUUGCCGCAUUUUGGUAGCACCAUAAAACAACAAUUUGGUUAUGGGCCUUUUGUUUAUUGAAUAAUGCAUUUAUUUAGCAAAAAAAAUUUAAAAAUUGUAAUAUAAAAUAUGUAAAACUGCCAAAAUAAAUAGAACAGAGCUCUUA